ACAAGAAACAAAAUGAAGAUGAAACUACAUUUGAAUGGAUACCACCAGAUACAACUGAAGAACUUGCUGUGGAUUAUAUGAAAGCUUUGCCUGUUGAGAAAUUACCAAUUAAAGGAUCUGCUGGUGCUGCUUUGCGAAGGCAAUUAUUACAGAAACAAUUACCACUUCAUGAUAUUGAUCACAAAGUUUGUGAUGAACUUAGUGAACAAGAACAGAAACAAUUUGAAAAAAAUUUAGAGAAUAUAAAAAAGUAUGUAGGGUAAGGCAAAGUAAUGAAGAUGAUAGCUGCCCGCCCGUUCGAUCGUUCUCUCAUGACUCCUAUCAAUGCAGCUGAUAUGCAACAUUUCAGUUCGCAGCAUAAAUCUUAUAUACCUUCCACUGGUGUUCAAUUACGUACACCGAGUAGUUUUACCGUGAAAAACUCAUAUGCAAAACUUCCAUAUGAAGUUCAAAAUAAGCAGGAUGCUAUGGCCAUAAAUGACAAUAAGAUAUCCAAUGCGGAAGGAUAUAACUGUUCACUAACUAAUGUAGUUGCCAAUAACAACGUUGCGAAAUCGCAACUAAUCGAAGGGAAAUUAAUUAAUGAGCAUUCUCAACAUGCGAGUGAUAUUGUAUCCGUGAACGAAAAAGCAAUAGACAGUAAAGUAAUCAAUCCCUCGAUUCCCGCGCAUCUUGCCGAGCAAGAAAUCGUACCUGCACGCGAGAUGCAUACUUCUGAAAAUUACAUACCUUACAGAGGAAACACAUUGAAAGAUGCUUUAGAGAGGCAUAGGGAAACACUGGAUAAUAUCACGCCGUGCAUUGCGCAUUUGGAAUCUGUUAAUAGCGAAGCAGCCUCUAUAGCGGAAUCCAUGUUGGCGGCCGCUCUUCUUCCACCUAGUGCGAUACACGUCAAUGAUAUUAUCGGAAGUACAUUGGAUGAGAAAAGUCUGAUGUUUAUAAGAGAAAAACUUGCCGAUAAGUACAAUGCCACGGAGAAUUCGGCGAUGCACGCUGUUCCUAAAUCAUCUCGACUAUUAGACGACACGAGUGAUAUAUUACGUAACAGCGGAUCUAGGGAAAAUAAUAAUAAUCCCGUGAAUAUUAAUGAAGAUGCAGAGAGAACAGCUAUUAUAACUGCUAUGAAAAAUCCUGCAGAAACUCUAUUGGAAAAGACAGAAGUUAACAACUUUGUAAACACUCCAUUAGAAGCAGAGAGGAAGAUGUAUAAACAUCCAUCUCAAGUAAUUGAAUCGAUUGCUUUACCUGUUAGGGCAAAUCACAAACCGGCGAAGAAUAAUUCGUCAGUGAUAGAGGAGUCUAAAACUAUACAAGAAAGUGCUAUGGAUCCAUUAUUGAAUAAAUACAUCUCUGUGGAGUCUACUCUUCCCAUAUUAAAUUCAUCAUUGCAAACUGGAUCGCAAUGUCCUGUUAAUGCCAGUCUGUUGCAAACCGAAUUGAGUAGCUCGAUCUUGCAACCAACCGUCAUACAUUCCGAACAGUUGCAAAAACAAGUAUUCCCUCAUAUUGUCAGAGACUCCAACGACCAAUUGAACACACAACACAAAGAUCAUUUAAAAGAUAGUAUAAAGAAUUUAAAGAUUGAUUCAAAGGUGUACAAGUGUGAAAAAUGCUAUGAAGAUAUACGCAUCGGUGAUGUGAUUGUAACCGCGGAGAAGGCUAACAAUGCAUCCUGGCAUCCUGGUUGUUUCGUUUGCUCGGUGUGCAACGAAUUGUUGGUAGAUCUGGUGUACUUUUAUUAUAAAAAUAAGUUAUAUUGUGGAAGAGAUUUGGCUGCAUUUUUGGGAAUUGUUCGAUGUUUCGCAUGCGAUGAGUUAAUUUUUGUACGAGAAUAUACAGUUGCAGAAGGGCACAAUUAUCAUGUGAAACAUUUCUGUUGUUGGGAUUGCGAUAUGCCAUUAGCUGGGCAACAAUACAUUACUGAAAACGAUCGUCCAUUAUGUCUUCCUUGUUAUCAAAAAUCAUAUGCAAAGACAUGUGCUGCCUGCAAUAUUGUGAUUGCUGCUGAUCAACAGGGUGUAGCGAUAAAAAAUUUAAACUUUCAUGCAACUGAAACCUGCUUUUGCUGCUAUAGUUGUGAAAAGAACUUACUAAAUGGUAGAAUGACGAUAAAAGAAGAUAAAUUAUUCUGCAGUAAAGAUUGUAUUGCAAAAUUCCUUAAUCGAUAAAAUAUAUGUAUAUAAAAAUAAAAGUCUAUUUACUAUUUUU